GAAUGGCGGCAGCCUCGCGGGCUGGCUGGAGUCGCCUCCUGACCUUUACGGACUCCUGUCGAGCCUGGAACUUGGCGGUGUGGCUGAGCUUCCUGGCGCGAGUGGCCUGGGGGGGCUGCACGGUCACGGCGGAUCUCUCGCAGCCCGAAAGGGAACUGAAGCACUUUUGGAAAAGCACCGGAUAUUGUCCUCCUCUGCCACACAGUAGAGCUGACUUGUUUGAUCUGAGUAAAGACCAGAGUAUUAACCUGGCGUAUAUUUCUUCUGUGCCUCACAAUGGCAUUGAACAAGUGCGAAUCCACUGGCUGCUGGAGCUUAUUCGAGUCAGAGUGACAAAUGGGACACUUCAUUACAAUUUCACCAGCCUGGAUAACUUCAUGGAUCUUCUCUGGGAAAACAAGCUACGUCCAGGAUUUGAAUUGAUGGGAAGUCCUUCAGGAUACUUCACAGACUUUGAAGAUAAAGAGCAGGUGAUACAGUGGAAGAGCUUGAUUGCACAGCUGGCCAAAAGAUACAUAGAGCGGUACGGGCUGAAAUACGUUGCCCAGUGGAAUUUCGAGACUUGGAAUGAGCCCGACCACCAUGACUUUGACAAUGUGUCAAUGACCGCCAACGGAUUUCUCAACUACUAUGAUGCCUGCUCAGAAGGAUUAAGACAAGUCAGUCCUCAGCUGAGGCUGGGAGGCCCCGGAGACUCCUUUCACCCGUUCCCCAAGUCACCUCUGUGCUGGAGUCUGCUCAGUCACUGCCACAAUGGAACUAAUUUCUUUACUGGAGAGACCGGUGUCCGACUGGACUACAUUGCCAUGCAUAAGAAGGGAGCUGGGAGUUCUCUUCACAUCUUGGAGCAGGAAAUAGAAGCCGUGGGACAGAUCCAGAAGCUCUUUCCCCAUUUCACCUCCCUGCCCAUAUACAAUGACGAGGCAGAUCCCUUGGUCGGAUGGUCGGUCCCUCAGCCAUGGAGAGCGGAUGUCUCCUAUGCAGCUCUGGUGGUGAAGGUUAUUGCCCAGCACCAAAACAUCCUGAUUGCUAAACCCAACAACACCAUCAACUACACUUUGCUGAGCAACGACAACGCAUUUCUGAGCUACCACCCCUAUCAUUUCACCCAGAGGACAUUGACAGCGCGCUUCCAGAUGAACAACACAAAACCACCUCAUGUCCAGAUGGUGAGGAAGCCGGUGCUCACGGCGAUGGGCUUGCUGGCACUGCUAGGAGAGGAACAAGUCUCUGCUGACAUCUCCAGCUGUGAAUCCAGCGAGUCUGACACUAUAGGAGUCCUAGCCAGCCUGCACAAACCUGCCACAUUACAGCCCUCGGACAGCUGGCAGGCAGCCAUAUUGCUCUACUCCAGCAAUGAUAACCAGACGUGCUGCAACAUCAGUGCCGUGACAAUAAAUGUAACCGACUACCCCAGCCCCAAAGAACUUGUGUACGUGACUUACUACAUGGAUAACAACCUAACCAAUCCGUAUCUGCAAUGGAAGAAACUGGGAGCUCCAGAUUUUCCUUCACCAGAGCAAUUCCAGAAGAUCAGAGAAGCUGAGGACCCUGUGGUGAAGGGACCGUUUCCACUACCUGAAGGAGGCCCUUUGGUCUUGAAACAAGAGCUCCCCAUUCCAGCCCUCUUUCUCAUCCAUAUUUGUGAAAUGCCCCUCUCUGGUCCUGAUCAGGUGAGCAGAGUUCGCCUCAUCGGUCUCACGAGGGGACAAGUUCUGGUACUGUGGGAUGACAGCUGUGUGAAUUCAAAGUGUCUGAAAACAUAUGAAGUCGUCUACUCAUGGGAGGGGAAAGUUUACCGUCGGAUCAAUGUAAAGGACAGUAUAUUUACGAUGCUGGUCUACAACCCAGGAACAAGCGUCACAGGAUUUUAUAGAGUGUGCGCCAUCGACUACUGGAACAGGAGAGGCCCGUUUUCUCUGCCAGUGUACUACCAUGAGGACUCUUAAAAACUGAGAAUGUCCUAUAGGCAAGCCAGAAAUUAGUCUCAAGUCUGCUGACGAACGGAUCAUUCAAAAUGCAAGCUACAGUUCUUACGGCAGCUUCUCUCGUGCCUCUUGAACAUCCCCAUGUCGUCCUUCUUCAGCCGGCUACUUUCAACCAAGCUAUCCCAUGUGGUCAUUGGCAGGCUGAGGUUCUUGCACUGGCUGUCUCCAGCUCCUGCUGAACAGGACGGCCAUUCAGUGCCAGCCCCACCAUUAAACGAGGACAAAACAUCGAGGGCUGGUCCUGGACACCAGGAUUGCCGUGAUGAGUCUGAGUCCCGUGUGGAUCAAUGGGGGUCCCAGUAGGGAACACCUCCCUCCCCAAAUCUAUAGUGAGGGAGGAGAACACUCCACCUGCCACGUUCUGGAAUUUGAUAGUUAUUGAAGGAGGACUGUCUCCACCAUUUGACAACCUGAGCCGUCCAUCUUUUCUGAGAAUGCACCAACAGCACAACCAAAUGUUUGUGCAAGGAGAAAAUCCUCCGGGAAGCCCUUGCUAGUGAGUACUGAUACUUCUGACACAGGACACGUUUAUUCAGAUGGCCGAAUUGGGGGAAGAGGAGUAAACUGAAUUGGGGGAAGAGGAGUAUUUAUAAAAUACUUCAUUUCACAAAAUACUGCCAUGCACAGCAUGGCAUUCUAACACGCUAUUGGCCGAAAGAGGGUCCUGGGAGAAAGGCAGCAGUUUGGAGUUACAGGAGCUGAAAGAGUUAAACUUUCCACAUCAAUUAAAAGUGUCUUUUCAUGGCACCAUGGAAGGAUGGUGCCAAGACUACCAAAGGAGAAAAGUGAUAACCCCCACCUUUUGUGCCAUUGGAAAAUUGCUGGCUGAACCCAUGAUUUAAGCUAUUAAAGGUAUCUGUUUCAA